AUGAAUUUCGACAUAUCUACCACGCUGCUCGUCCUGCUGGCGGUGCUCGCCGGCACAAUUCCAACCGGCGCCCGGAGGUGUCCCAAGCAUUGCCAAUGUGAUGUGCGAGAACGGAUCCGGGUGGUCUGCAGCAAAGUGGACUGGGUGGUGCCCCCUGCAAGCGAAUUCGAACCCGACGUGGAAGAACUCGUAAUUUCGAACACCCGUCACCCGCUGAACGUCGGGCCGGUGUUUCAGUACUUCAAAAAGCUCGUGACAUUGCGCGUGAACGACGCCAAUGUGCCAUCGGUCGGUGAUCAGUCCUUCUGGGGGCUGGUGUUGCUAAAGUCGAUCGAUCUCUCACGCAACAACAUCACCCAGAUGGCACCGAAUAGCUUCCGCGGACAGGACAACUUGAUCGAGCUGGAUCUGUCACGAAACAGGCUCGACAAUAUCGGCAGUGGCAUGUUCUUUCAUCUGAAGGAACUGAAAACGCUGCAUUUGAUCGACAACUCUAUCAACAUGCUGACCGAACGGAUGUUUCUGCAUCUGGCCAAGCUGAAGUAUCUCGAUCUUAGCUUCAACUCGAUCGACGAUCUUCCGCCGGAGGUGUUCAAGGAUGUACAGGACUUGAAAGUACUUAAAGUAAGGGGAUGUCAGCUUUCGAACAUCAACCCACAAAUUUACAACAUUCUGUCGCACCUGACGGAGCUCGAUUUGGGACAAAAUCAGAUCAAAUUUCUCGACCGGGAGGAGUUUAUGGAUCUUCGCCACCUGCACUCGUUACGGCUCGAUGGCAACCAGCUUUCCGCGAUCGUGGACAAUCUGUUCAUUCACCAGAAAAGCAUGAGCUUCUUGGAUAUAUCCCGAAACCGGCUGGCAAUGAUUGCCGAUCGGGCGUUCGAGAACCUCGCCAACCUAACGUUCCUGGACGUGUCGUACAACAAGCUAUCCCAAAUCGCACCGGUUGUCUUCCGACCGCUUCGUAACCUCCAGACGCUCAACAUCAGCGGAAACACGCAGCUGGAUCUGAGCGAAAUGGAAGACACGAUACUGGCCAUAAAGAACAUCUCCGGGCUGAUGGUGGCCGAUAUGGGAGCGCUCCCACUGAACCUGUUCAUGCCGUUCCGCCGCCUGGGGGCGCUCAAUCUGUCCGGCAACCAUAUCGACAACAUCACGCUACAAAUCAUCGACCCGCUGGUCCACUUGGAGUUCCUUGACCUGUCCCGGAACCAGCUGAACGGCAUCCCCGAACGAUACGCGACCCAGCUCGCCCGGAUCGCGGACGUCAAGCUCGAGAACAACCCUUUGAUUUGCGACUGGUGCCACAUGGGACCGCUCAUCAUGCAAGCGAGAAAGCUUACCGACGGUCUACCCUGGCAGGAGGCUCCCCGGUGUUUCCUGCCCGAGCGACUCCGCGAGGUACGCAUCGACGGGCUCGACCAGGAUGGCGUCGAAGACUGCAUGGAGGUGAUCGUGGAUGAGGACCACGAUGCUGCCAGCACGUCACACAACUUCCUCGAGCAGGCCGGCAGCGUUAGUAUACUGGCCGCCUGUGGGUUGAUCAUAUUCGUUCUGCUUGCCAUCAUCGUCGUGUCCACGGCGCUCUGUCUAUCGCGACAUCGGGCGCGCUACUACACGCAUGAGGACAAACGAGAUACGAUCCUCGAGAAGAACGCGGAAACGCCAAUCAUCACGACGGGCAGCGAGAUCAACUUCAAGUUCCCGUACAACGAGCGUGUCUGCACGAUCGACGAGAUGUGCAUCCCGCCCCCACCACCCCCACCCGGCAAGAUGGCGCCCGCCGGUAUCGAGCGGUUCGAUUAA